GGUUAUGUUUACACAACAACAAUAACACAAAUAUUUUUCACAUUAUACGACUAAAUAAAAUCGUAAUUUAUGAAUUUAUGCUGUCGAAAGAUACAAAAUCGACCCGUUGACUGCUACCCCAUCACAUUAUUGGGCAAAAUGUCGAUUCUGGAGUACUCUGAGAAGUCCAUUGACGUGAAUCCCGCCCUCAAGGAAGUCCACACGUGCAACGUCUGCCCCUACAUCACCAAAUCCUCCUUCUUCAUCUCGAACCACCUCAAACGUCACUCUUCAUCCCUGUGGCCUUUCACCUGUGCAGACGCCAAAAUCGAAAACUACCACUGCCAAGACUGCGACUUCCAAACAAAAAUUACCCUCAUCUUCAAACAACACCUUCAAGAACGACACCUCUUCACCCCCAAAAACCAAAAAAAUACAUCAAAAAUCGCAAUCCAGAAGUACGUUUGUGAAAACUGCAGCUUUGAAACCCACUUUUCAAUCAAGUGGCUGCAACACACCGCAGAGUGUUUAAAAAACAAAAAAAGCAGCCCCAAGUUUAACGAAAAACGUGUUCAGUGGCAUAAAUGUGACCAGUGUGACUGCAAAUACAAGUCCAAAUAUAAUUUAAAAAGACACCAACUCGUAAAGCACUCGGACCAGUGCGAAAAACAUUUCACUUGGUAUAAAUGCAACGGGUGUGACUACAAGUCGAAGAAUAAGCACCAUUUACGGCAACACAAAAUCGCGCGACAUUUAACCGACGACGAAAUAAGUUGGCACCACUGCGCUGAAUGCCCAUACAAAACUAAAAGUAAAAGUUCGCUCGAACUUCACUUAAAUUCCAGACACCGAGCCGGGGACAAUAUUAAAUGGUACACGUGCCAGAAGUGCCCAUUCAAAACCAAACAGAGCUCGAAUUUGUACCACCACGUGAGUGCGCGCCACAAAGACGAGCACGAUGUUAAAUGGCACGAGUGCAAAAGUUGCCCGUUUCGAACCAAAUACAAUUCCAGUUUAAAAAAACACAUAAAUGCGUGCCAUUUAGACGACCGAGAAGUGCGCUGGUACGAAUGUAAGAAGUGUUUUUUCAAAGCUAAACGUAUCUCUCGUUUGAAAAGUCACACGAAUAAGUGCCAUUCGGAAGAACACGAUUUUAAAUGGUACGAAUGCAGGGAAUGUGUAUACAAAUGUAAAGAUAGUUCUCACUUGAAGCAACACAUGAUUACGCAUCAUCUGGGCGAACAGGACAUUAAAUGGUUCCGAUGCACCCAAUGUCCAUACAAAAGCAAGUAUAAUUCUGUGCUAAAAAACCACAUAAACGCCCAUCAUUUAAACGAACACGAGAUUCAAUGGUUCAAGUGCCAAAUGUGUUCAUACAAAGCUAAACAGAGUUCUAAUUUGAAACUUCACAUAAAUGUGCACCAUUUAGACGAUCAGGACAUUAAAUGGUACAAAUGCGAAAAGUGUUCAUUUAAAGCUAAAUAUAAGCAAGCUUUGAAUAGACACGUCAACGUGCACCGUAUGGACAAACAAAGCCUUAAAUGGCAUAAAUGCGUACAAUGUUCGUAUAAAAGUGCAAGUGGUUAUAACUUAAAAAUGCACGUUAAUGCGCACCAUUUGGACGAGAAAGACGUUAAAUGGUACGAAUGCGAAAAGUGUGCUUACAAAACGAAGUUUAAUUCCAAUUUAAAGCAACACGUGAGGGUGCAUCAUUUAGAUGAUAAGGAUAUUAAAUGGUACGAGUGCCAGAAGUGUUCAUUUAAAGCUACACAAAAGGCGGCUUUAAGACAACACGUGAAUGAUGAACAUUUGGAUGAACGGGGUGCUUUAUGGUAUGAAUGCAAAGAGUGUUCAUAUAAAAGCAAGUGUGUUUCUAAUUUGAAGCAACACGUGAAUGUGCACCAUUUGGAUGGAGAUGAUGUUAAGUGGUAUGAAUGCAAAAAGUGUUCGUUUAAAGCUAAAUAUAAAGUUGCUUUGAAUAGACAUAAGUGUGCAUCCUCUAAACGAACAAAGUGUUGAGUCUUGUUCAAGCAAUAUAAAAGUGUAGUAGUUUAUUCUAAACAAGUGUACCUAGUAGUGGUGCUUAGUAUUUAUUUAUUUUUCUACUUC